AUGGAUCUGCUGGCAGGAUAUUGGCUAGUUGCCGGGCUAGGUGUUGUCCUAAUGGCCAUGGUCCCCGACUACUGCUUUCUUCCCACUGUCAAUUCCCUGGGGUCGGCAGGGACGUUCAUCGGCUACUGUUUUGCAUGGAACGUUGUGGGACCUUUGCUCUUCAAGGAUGAGUAUGCACCCCGAUAUCAGGAAAGCUUCACGGUGGUUGUCAUUAAAUCUAUGGCUGCUAUUGUACUCGCCAUCCUAUACCUCUGCCAGUGCGUAUACUCAAACAGGAAACGCGAUAAGGAGGGUGCCGAAGAGAGCUUCGACAAUGCCUACGACGAUUACUUCACUGACAGAACGAAUCACCAUUUCCGCUAUAUCCUGUAA